UGAUUGCUUGUACCCGUGUAUUCGUGAGAGGUAUAUAAAGUUAGACAUCGGUCAUAAAAAUCAUCAUUUUAGCUGGUAGUAAUGAUAUUGAAUGCUGCUGCUGUCAGUUGGAAAUUACUUGUGUUAUGGACUACCGGCGAACAUUUUACUAAGAACUAGCUAAGAGAUCGAUUUUUUCAUUCUAGUGAAGCCAGUAUAUUUCAAACAGAGUUUAUUAUUACAGUCAUUGUUCAUCUUUGCUGUCAGGAUGAAGUUUUGUCAGUCAAGAAUUGUAUAUUCCCUAUUCCUGAUGAGCCCUUUGAUUCUGAUGGUGAAUGCCGAUUUGUUUGUGAGCACAGACUCUGCUACAGUCAGUGAAGGCACGCAAACAUCCUUUACCUGCUUCAGUGAUGAGCUAUCCGAUGAGAACAUCUUCAGCACUGGUGGCAAGGUGGUUUGGUCUCGAUACCCACGGUCUUCAUCGAGUCUUCAGCAGGUCGCACAGUACACCCUGGCCAACAACGCACAGGUCCUGCUAACCGAUCCGCAAGAUGCUGAGAGAUUUUCCAUCGAAGGAGGCUUGGAUUCUCACACGCAAAUAAAUCUGAAUCUCGUGAUUCGACAAACGUCUAAAUCAGACCAGGGAAGGUAUUCUUGUAUCCUCUACGAUGGCUCGGGAGUGUUGAUAUCUCAAUCAGAAAACCUGCCGCUUACAGUUAAGUACCCUCCUGCUGAUUACUUUCCUUUGUGUUCUGCGUCACCAGUAGAUGUAGGAACUGAUGUGAACCUUGAUUGUCGGUCAGAGAACACAACACCACCUGUUUCUGUGCAGUGGUAUAAAGAUGGGACUAAGGUUGCUGAUGGAUACGAGGUUGAUACUCGAACAACGUCUGUAUACAGGGCACGACAAGAAGAGCUAGGCAGCCAGUUUCACUGUAGAUUGUUCUAUGAUGACGGCGCAGGAGUCCGUGUGGAGCGAUCGUGCCGCUUCCACCGACCUUACGUUGCUAUCUUGAGAAAAACAGAAGAGGUCAACACUGGGAACAUCGUGUUUCAUGCUUUCGCUCAUUCUAGCCCACCGUUCGUUAGUGACAUCCAUUGCUCCUUGGAAACAUCAAUGGGCACUCAACAGAACUUUGAGCUUACGUUUCCUGGAUAUGGAUUGAUGACGAUAGGACCUGUCUCACCGGUAGAUAAUGGAACAGACCUUGUUUGUCAGGCAGCAAAUGUCUUUGGCGUUGGGAUAACACGAAUGCCCGUUUACAGUGAUGGUAAUGGAAAUGGUGAAGCAACCCUCCCUUCCGUGGUGACCAAUUACAUGCCUAAUGACGGAACACUUACUGCAGCUAUAUGGCCUAAACUUCCACUAGUGAAACAAGGUGAAAACAUCACGUUCGUUUGUAGUCACAGUCUAGAAAUCCGUUCAAUGGCCCGAACCAGAAUAGCAAUUACGUGGCGAUACAAUGGCAUCAUGGUGGAUGAUACUACUCCGAGAUUCACAGCGACAGAGAACAGUCUUCGGGUAGAUCAAAUCAGUAGCACCGAUGAGGGUGUCUCUGUGACCUGUUUGGCCAGCUUGGCUGUAGAGGACACACCUGUUGCGAACAUCCCUGCUGGUGAAUCAACAACCCAAAUUCGGUUCAGUAACGUACCGACCAAAGAUGACUGUCUUCUGGAUAACAACGGAAGCACAGCACUCCAGUCACAAGCUGGCAGCUCUUCAAUCUUUAGGAGUUCAGCUUUUCUCUUCGGCAUAUCUGCACUCGCUGGGGUUGGAUGGCUACUCUGUGUCAUUUUCAUCCUCAUGUUAAUUGCGAGAAACAGGAAACAAAACAGAUUAGGUUCAGCACAACCUCGAAGAAUGAGCUCACAAAUGACUUAUCGUGCAGGAACCACGACAUUCACCAACGGGACGCAUCGAGGGUCUACGCCAUCUACAAACCAAACAACUCGAGCUCUUCCUGAUCAACCAUCUGAGAACCCGAUCAGGAACGGGUCUUUCGGUAUGCGCUCGAAUAAUUUACAUGUCGAGGUGCCUAUGGAGCCAUCGGGACCUGAAUUAGCCUACCAAGAAAUGGUUGGAAACACAGGCGUGACAAAAUCACGGAACGGCGAGUCGGGAAGGGCCAAAGGUUCUACCAACGUUCGGUCGAAAGACGAAAAGGCGAACGAUAUGUCAUGGCAACCAGAACUGGUUCCAGGGCCAAACGGUGGGUUUAUUCCGCAAGAGAUGUUGGCAAACGACGCAUCUUCAGGCAACAAGAGCAGAGAACACGAUGGGGCAGAAAUGAACUACGAAGACUUGGAUUGCAUGAGACACCAUGAGUCACAGCACACCCGUCGGGCCACAGGGAAUGAUUACCAAACAUCAAUUUCAAACACACCUUAUUUAAGACCUCAAGAGGAGGAGGAUCUUCUUCCGCAUUAUGCCAAUUCCUGAAAGCAAAAACUUCUGAAUUCAGCAUCCAGGAAAGUACUUUAAAAUGUUAUGAAUAUUAGAGAACCAACAUGAACCAAAUUUGAGUUUAAAGUUGUUACUGAAAUAUCUAUUGUUCGAUCUUCAACACAAUGCGCACCAACAAGGAAUGAUUGAUGGGCUGUUUCCUAAUUGUCAACUUGCUGGUUUCCAUUGGGUAUCAUCCACACCUGAUACUAUCUUACUAUGCUAACAAACAUGAAUAAUAAAGAAAUUUUCGCUGUGAAUGAAAGUUUAUAUCUUACAGUGCAUGCGUUAUAAGCAUCAAGGGAUAGAUGAAUGUCUAUCUUGAAAAACUAGCAUUUAAACCUCUUAGACGGACAUCAACCGCGAACAUUGUGAGAGAUACAAGUCGUUUUACACGUCAAUAAUAUUAAGUAACAUGCUGAAUGGUCAAAGUAUCAAGUCUCGAUUAUUGGAGACACCUACAUCAGUUUUUUUGUCAUCAUUAUUGCCCUUAUCAUUGUGUAUCAUGUGUACUUGUAUAUAUUCUUUUCGUUGAUCCAGAAAUAAUUUUAGGUCUAAUGUAGCUUAUUUCAAUCCUGAACAAAACAGCUUAUUUUAAAUCGAAAGGGGGAAAUGAAAAAUACAAACAGUUACCAAACGAGCAAAUCUGACAUUACUAAGGUUACUGAAGCAUAAUUUGCAAUGGUGUAUAUUUUUCACUUGGCUUGUCUUUGUAAAUUUGUAUUAUCUUCUGUACAGCUUAAGUUAACAUUCAUUAAUAGAAAUAGUGUAUACAUACAUGCAGAUAUGAAGUCAUGUACAUAAUUUAGUGUUAUCGGCUGGUAAAUGAAAUGGCUCGUGAAAGAACUCCCAAAAUGUUGACAAUCUUUAUGUUUUGAAUUAAUUCCCUUCUGAAAUCUGCCUACUUUUCCUCAAAGAAAUAAAGCAAUUCCAUAGUAUUGACAAUAAAAAGUGAAUUGUUAUUGAUACGAAAACCGACAGAUAAAAACGAGUUUAUAAACAUCACGAGCCACAGGAGCUGAGGUAUGGGCUAAAAGUUGUCUGAAUAUAGUAACAGAAUAAAUAUAUAUAUAUGUAUAUAUAUAUAUAGUUUGAAUGAAAUUGUGGCAGAUAAAAUCAUCGUCAAUAUAUACAUUACAUUUGCACUUAACAUGAUUCCAUUGCAUGAUUCUACAUCAGAUAACAAAAUGGAUGGUAGAGGGGUCCGGUUUCAGCAUCCAUAGUAAUCAAAAGUCGUUUAUAAAAUCAGUGGUAACUAAGUGCAUCAGUUUUGUGAAUAACACCAAGUGCUCUCGUACAUGAUCCUGCAAUUGAUAUCAAUCGUAUAUCUAAAGGAAUCAAUUUCAUACAAAGUUAAAAACGAUCGUGUAUAAUAAAUUGUAUUUAUUUACAUUACAGGACAAAUAAGAGAUAUCAGCUAAUAGAAGUAGAUUAAAGGAAUCUUUAGAUGUUAAAAUUUCAAAUCUUGUCCCGUGAAUGGUACAUAUUUUUAUUCUUUUGUAUUCACAGAUCAAAUUUGCUGUAGAACCAAUAGAAAGCUGGUCUUUACUGUUUUGAAGACUGUUUACCGUUUUCUGUUUCUUUUUUUAUGGUAACUCCCGUAGAAACUUGGCAGGACAGCUUUUGCUGGUGAACGCCAAGCUGGUAUAUAACCAAUUACCUAGAAAACAUAUUACGUCUAGUUUAAUCAGUCAUAGUGGCUGACCUUGAAGACGACAGAUAUUUCUCUCGGACCUUUUUAUCAAAGUGGAGACAAUGAAAGUGGAAAAAAUGGCAGAGUUGGGAUUCGAACUCACAACCUUGCGAUUAUAAGUUCAAUGCUCUAACCACUAGACCACAAGACCCGUGUUUUCUGUUGGAAUGUAUACUCUAUAUUUCAUCUAACGGUUUUAGUAUUCAAGUGAUAGGACACCAAUUAAAUUAUUAAAUAUCAGCAACAUCGGUUAAAAAAAUAUCCCGACUAUAAUCUAGUGGAGAUUGACCAAUUGAUAUAAUAAUCAUUUUUAAAUUGAUUGUGUUUUAUUUGUAUAUUUGUGAAAAGUAUGACAUUUCUGUAAUAUUAGUUUUUUUAUGAAUACAUGUAUUUAUUCCAAGUAUAGCAAGAGUAGUUUCGGAAAUACUUAGUGAAAUAGAUAUUGUCAUGUUACACUGUCCCAACAAUAUCAGAAAUAUCAAUGUGAUAAAUUUUAUCAAAUUUAACAUACGCUCAGGUAAAAGACAGAAACCAACGGGUGAAGGUUGCCGUGCAGGCUGAGUGGUCUGAAUCCCGUGACCAAGCCUACAUGCAUGGAAAUCUAGGGUUCGAAACUCGGAUACGGCAAUUUUGCUCCGAAGCAAGUAUUUAUAUUUUGUAUUGCACUUUUACAUCAUCCAAUUGAGAACGGUUGAAUGUUGGUCCAGACAUAAACAAACUGAUUGAUAAACGCAUCUGAUUGAUAAACGCACGUAAUCCACACACACACACACCCUCACACACACACACACACACUCCCUAACCCACAUCUACAAACCCGCACACACUUUGCAGGUGGCUGAAUGGCGUGAACAUAAUGUACAUGAAUCUGUCGGAUUAUUUACUCAUAUCAUGUAAAGUAAAUAAGUCGAUUAGGUGAAUUGUGUGAUAUGACCAGGGCCCCGCGUAACUCGAAGGUUUAUGAUUAAUCGCUAAUUUGAAAGAUCAAUUCUGAUUGGUUCCUAGUCAGUUUACGGAGCAAAAUGCGUAUGCAACGAUGAUCCUGAUAGGCCAGUUCAUUUAGCGAUUGAUCGUUAACCUUUGUGGUACCGGGCCCUGGUAACUAGAUUCAGUAGAAAUUUCCAAUUUGAUAUGCCCUUUUCACUGGUUCCAGUAGGGAUUGGAAAAGACGAGAAACAAGAACAAAGACGUGUAUAUUGGUUUCGUUUUACUUUCAAUAUUCAAACCAGGAGAGACGAUCCAUAGAAAUCAUAUAACAAAAUAAUGCUGAUGAUAACACUUUAUUGGCAAUCAGAGCAUUAUCAUCAGCAUUAUUUUGUUACCUUACUGAAGCCAAUACGUGAAACUUUAAGAUAUGUAAAUAUAUAUGCACAUAAAAUUGACCAGCAGCACAUGCUGAAAGGGAUCAAUUUACAAAAAUUCAUGAAGUACAAUAUAACAAAGCAAAUGGACAAAAACGUAAUUACAGUAUUCUAUAUCAAAAAAGAUUGAGGAAGAGAGAAAUAAUCACAGGGAAAGAGAAAUAGAGUAAUGGAAAGAAAGAGAGGGGCGGGGGGGGGGGUCAUUACAAAUCUAAUGAAUUAAUCUAAUGAUAUUAAUUGAUUACAAAUACUUUGAAUUGAAAUGAACUAAUGUCAUAAAGGAAUAUUUAAUGUAUAUAAAUGUACAUGCAUAAAUAAUUAUUUCUAUUGGAUCUUUGAAUCUUCCUAAACUUCUUUGUUCGUCGAUUAUCAUUCUUUGUAUACAGUUUAAGAACUAUAUAGAAAAUAACGUGUCUUUGCAGUCUGAGCAAUGUUCAUCCUUAUUGAAGUGUCAUAAAUCGACACGAACUCUCUGUUUGCCGAAUUAUCGAUCGAUAUUUGUAUCGCAAUAAUAAUUAUUUUGUUUCUAUUUGUAAAUACUAUCAGAUAAUCCAUAUGUCUUGUUUGGUCUAUUAUGUCGGUGAUGAAAUAAAUUCCGAAAAUCUUGAAAAAAUA